CACCUAGAUACUGCGCUGUUAAAAAAAACCGCUCUUGAAAGAUAUCGAAAGUACAGUUAAAUAUUUUCAUUUCAAAAUUAUAGCCUUAUUAACGAAAAUUAACUACCAUUUCAAUUUACAUUUCCUAAAAUUAGACAAAGUAUCUGACACAGAGAGGUCUAGAUCUAUAACAAAAGUGAAAUCCUUCACACAGGACAACACGGCAUAGCAGCACACAGCAGGCCUACGAUUCUUGGAACUGCGUUCUUUCGUCAGCAGCAUGGAUUUCAUAGAAAGCAGAAUACUUAAGCCUAUAUUAUUACUGGGUCUUGUGGGCAGGCUUUUAGUGUGUGUCGACUGUUUGAUUUGAAUAGGAUACAAUUUACUUAGUUUAGCGGUGAACCAGAGCAGUUAUAUUUAUUGAAGCAAGGCAGACUUCAACUAAAAAAAAACUCACAGACAGGUGAACACAGAUUUAGACGUAAUUGACAAUAAUCAAAGCAUACACUUUUUACUUGAAAUCAGAUGCCUCCGAGCUCAUGCAUCAGCAGUUCAGAUGCGGAUCUGACACAGCCCAUGUGUAACCCACUAACCCACGACACCACAUGUAAUCAACAAAUUCAAGCUUGCAACUCGUUUUCAUCUGGACACUGGUCAAAACUCCACCGCAAAACAGAGGGGAUUACAAAUAUCACCUCGGCACAACACCUGCCGGAAGAAAUUCUCCGGCCGGCGUUGGGAUUUCCUUUGGGAAUACCCAUGUGUAAAAUCUCUGUGUACAGAGCCAAGUCAGACAGCCUCAAACAGAAUGGGAUGGAGUUAAAUGAAUGGGAAGAAGAAGAUGUGAAUGAUUCUGGUUUCGGCUCGGGUGGAUUAACAUCCUACAAGCCCAGAUUUGAUUGCGACAAUGAAUUGGUGAAACUAGACCAAAACUUGCAGGAGAUUUCUCAAUGCCAUUUCUACUAUGGCUCCUGCAGCAGCCAGGAGGCUCGCAGUAUUCUUAAGAAAAAAUCCGUUGGAACUUUUUUACUUCGGGACAGCUCAGACUCCAGAUAUCUUUAUUCCCUGAGCCUAAAAACUGAGCGCGGGGCUACGAGUGUGCGUAUAUUAUACACAGACGGACUUUUUCAGUUUGAUAGCGAUGAGCGAAUUCGACAUCGACUGCCUAGGUUUGAAAGUGUGUUGGCUCUUAUAGAUUUUCAUGUAAUGAUAUCCCAGGAUGGGAAUAAUAAAGCUUGGAGGUGGGAAGAGCAUUCUGGGAAGAAAAACAUGACAGUGAACCUAAAGGAACCACUAAAACAUUGUGUUCCAACGCUGGCACAUAUAUCACGGGUAACUAUAAAUAAGUGUUUAGAGGAUGUAUAUAUGCCGCAGCUAUCUGUAGAUAGGUUGUUAAUACCUGCUGAAUUAAAAAACUAUCUUAAAGAUUAUCCUUAUAGGGUAUGACAAAAAUAAUUAUUAGGUGUUUUUUUUUUCAAUAUAAAAAAACAAAUUUCCUGUAAGGAAUGUUUGGAUUCACGUUUACAAUGAAAAAUGUUAUGAGGAAUUAAAAUUUUAAUUUAUAUGGGUCAAUACAGACGUGUUAAGCCAAUUUAACAUAUGUAACCCAUUGCCCAUCAAACUGUACUGCCUUUGAAUUCUCUUUUCGCAUUUUUUGCCUAGAGCUGUAUUAACUUUUUUAUUCAAAGCAUCUGUGAGCUUGGCAAAUGAUGUGAUGGAACUUAUGAUGUGUUCAUUUACAUAAUGAUAAUCUAAUGAAAUAAUAGGGACAAUGUGUCUGACUCUAGUCCUUAGAUAAAUGUACUACCUCAUAGAGUAGAAAUCUAGCAUACAUACAUGCUUAUUAUGAUUAAAACAUAAAUAAGUAUGUAUUGUAUUGUAUACAUGCCUAAUUGUAAAAAAAAAGUAUUUAUAAAAAUGUAAUAACACUUAAAAUACAUACAAUUUUUUAAUAUAAAAAUAAAUUAUUUAUGUUUAUUAUUUAUUGUUAUUGUUUAGCUUUAUUUGUCUUUGCCUAUUUUUUAGUAUUAAUAUAGCUUGCUAAUGUUUGGGUGGUUCAAAAAUUGAGUUACUGAAAGAUUGGAGGUUUAUGUUCACACUUGGUCAGAUUUGGUUGUCUCAAGUUCUUAUCUUUGGUGGGGUAGGCAUG